GUUAACUGGUGGAAAUCUUAGAAGCCCGGGAUUUGAAAAUCUCCUUCGAGUUUUGCCAAACUGUCACCAGCUGGAAGAAAUAAAUUUGCAGGGCAACAGGUUGAAAGAACAGGACAUGAUCAAGUUGGCAAAAAUACUUCCUGCCAUGGAAAAGUUAAAGACAAUGGAUUUAAGCAACAACCAUCUCUCGCUUAAGAGCAUUUUUUAUCUCCUGGAGUCGGUGAAUCUUUGCCCAAAUGUUGCGAAGCUGGAAGCCAGUGUUGAUCAACAAAUUGCAGUUUUGACCUUUGUGAAUAAAGGAGGCCCUGAUGCCACUCAGUCAAGGAAUUACAAUUUUCAUGAUGUCCAGUUACACAAAUGUCAACAGAUGGAGGUGACAUCAAAGAAAAUAUGCUUGGCAGGUAAUCGUUUUCAAGAUGAAGAUCUCAAGAACUUGUGCUUAGUGCUGAGAAAGUGUAGCAACAUAUUAGAAUUAGAUUUGUCAAAUAAUUCUUUUGGUGACUCAGAAGUUCUGAAGAUAAUGGAUUCCAUCAAAGUUUUGAAGAAUUUGAAUUAUUUAAUCCUGGAUAAAAACCAAAUGUCACCGGACGGUGUCAUUUCCUUGCUGGAAUUCUUCUCCCGUUUAGAACGUAUCACUUCAGUGCAUUUAGGCCUGGAGGGUUGCACAAUCGGGCUCUACAUGACUCGCCGCCUCCUUACGAUUCUCACCAAAUGUUCUGGAUUGGCAGAAAUCAACUUCUCUGGAAAUUCACUAAAUGAUCAAGACAUUGAGCAGAUGGUGUUGUGUCUGUCCAGUCUCAGGAGCUUAAGAUGUUUAAGCAUCAGAGAUAAUGUGUUUUCAUCCAAUGGUAUUUGCUUGCUGGCCAAUUCAUUCAACCACUGCAGGAGAAUCUCUAAAAUGGACAUCAGAUCAAGGAAAAAUGCUUUUUUGCAUUUUGUGGAAAAUGAAGCAAGCGAAGCACUCUUCUGCAGGUUCACCCACUGUGGCAUUGACCAGCCUGAUCUCAGAGCACUGUGUGCUGUGUUUGAAAACUGUGACCAUCUUGCAGAAUUGGAUCUGUCUGGGAAUGAUCUUGACAACGAAGGAUUAAGGUGGAUUUUCGAACAUUUGCCCAAGAUCCAGAAUUCCUGCUCAUUGAAAAUCAACCACAAUGGAACCUCACCAGAUGGACUUCUCCUGCUUGUUAAUUUCCUUGCCACAAAGGAUGAUGUGGUUGAAGUUCAAGCAAGUUUGUGCUCUGAAAAAAUGCUGCUUAUCACACUCAGGAAACAAGAUAAACCUCAAAAGAUCCUGAGUCUAAAGGAAUGCAACCUCCAAGCAGAACAUCUGUCACAGCUGUUGAGUGGGCUGAAAGAAUGCACUGUCCUGAGCAAUUUCAUAUCAAUAAACAAUGGCCUGACACUUAGAAGUGCCAAAACUCUUCUUAAGUCUCUAAGGAGAUUGACCGGUGUGCAAAAAAUAUGCAUAAAAGAACCAUGGGUGACAGAUGAGAGCUUUCCCACCUUCCUGAGUCUGGCUGCUGAAGUCCAGGGAGAAGUGAUCACCAUCAUUUUUUCCAAUAGUGACCUCAGCUUGGACAGUCUCAGUAUUCUUCUAGACGCUUUGGAGGGCAAAUAUCACUUAAAAAGUAUCAAUUUUGGCUCUUUGAACCUUGACAACACCACAAUUCUGAAGUUGUCUUCGAGGGUCUCUGCCAUGCCUCUCCUGAAAAAACUUGGUUUGAACAAGAACCAUUUCGACAGUCAAAUGUCUGCCCACCUUGCAGAAGUUUUGAAGGCCACGCCUCAAAUAGAAGAAAUUGACUUAAGCUACAACAAGAUUGAUGAUGCAGGCAUGAAAGAAAUAGCUAGGAUCCUUCCAGGAAUGAAGAAUGUGAAGUUAAUCAAUUUUUCCUGCAACAGCAUCACUUCAGUUGGAGGACAAUGGAUAGCCGAAGGUCUGGUUGAGAGUGAGAAGCUGGAAAUACUCAAAUUAUCUGGGAACAGAAUCGAAAACAAGACUUUGGAAACACUGGCUCCAAUUUUGCCUUUCAAGAAACAUUUGAAAGUCCUCCACCUUUCUUCCUGUCAGUUGGAUUCUGAAGGACUCGGCCACUUGGCAGGAAUCUUGGCCAAAUGUCCACAGAUAGAAGAAAUCAACUUGUCAGAAAACAACAUUGGGGAUAAAGGUGUGAUGUCCUUUAUGACACCCUGGCCACAAUCUUCACAACUCAGGAAGAUUGAACUAAAGGCCUGUGACAUCAGCGAUUGUGCUUCCAAAACUCUAAUUGUCGGACUCAGCUGCUGUCCUUUCCUUGAAGAGAUUUUCUUGUCUUGGAAUAAGCUUGGUGAUGAAACUGCCAAAGAGCUCGCCAUGGUUCUCCCUGGGUUGACAAGGAUGAAGUUUCUGGAUCUGGACAACAACUGUAUCACAACUUAUGGUGCUUCCAUGUUAGCAAGGCAGCUUCCUCGAUGUCCUAGAAUCCAGACUAUACGGCUAUGGCACAAUUCUAUCUCAGAGGACGUCAAGAAGCAGCUGGCCGAUCAAGAGCCGCGAUUACAUUUUGCCUUCCUUUGAGAUGGGAAAAACGGAACUCAAGCUUGCAGCUUUGAGGGAGAUUUGCUACUGUCCAGAGUCUUUUAGACACGAGAGUAAGGAGGGGACUUUCAUUAAAGAAAGCCUUUCUCCAGCCUAUGGAUGAGACUAUCAAAUCAUCCUUAGCUCUACUGGUGUUAAAAUAGCUUUUGCUGCUCUAUUUCAAUACCCUCCUCAAGAUAAUGACCAACCCAGAAGGCCAUGUUGCUGUUUUCUUUGGAGACACACCAAGGAACUACAGGGCUUUGGAAAUGGGGAAUUUGGGCACCCCUCUGCCUUGGGCAAAGACCUGAAGUCUGCAAAAUUGGAUUUUGGCUUCUUGAAAUAUCUGUUGCUAACACAGGGUGCCAGAGGAGGUAUACUAAUUUUGCACUAACGCACUUGGAAUCCUUUACAGAAAACGCACAUGGAAAGAAGUAUUGGAUUCUGCAGUGUGGAUGAACACUGUUUUUUUAAAGCUAUAUUUAUUUAUUCUAUUAUAUCACAAGCUACUUUAAUUUGGUUGAUGCUGAGAUUGGUUGAACCAGGAGAUGUUAUGAAUGAAUUCAACCUUCAAGGGGUUUUCCAAAGACCCCCCGCUAGAUGGCGCUAUGCCCUUAUGGGAUUGUGAUAGAGAAGCAGUGGUUGUUUUCUAUGGGAUGGCGAAGAAGGAAUUCUAAGAAUUCGGAUACACAAACACCUUUAUCUGUAAGUCCAAGAUUUUGUUCAAGGAGGCAGACAGAGGUUAAGCAGGUGGCAGAACUGAGAGGUAGAAGUUAAGUGGUCCUUGAGCUCCUGAACCCCUAAAUUAUCUCGAGAUUACCCAAAGAAAAGAUGGGGACCAGAUGGAUUUAGCAAGUGUAGAAAGUGAGAACGUUGACCUUGAUGGAGGUAUGCAGGAACUUUUUCCUAGGUAAAAGAGAAGGAGGAAUUUUUUUAAAGUCAAGAAUGUCCUGAUAACAUUCAGAAGUGCACAGAUGAUGAUACCUAGUUGGGUCACGAAAUGUCUGCAAGUGAAACACUAAACUCAGAGAACAUCAUGGACCCUAUAGUCCUUCUCCUCCUCUUUGUCUCUGCAAAUUCCACUCCCUUUUAGUACUGAUGAUGUUACCUAGUUGGGUCAUGAAAUGCCUGCAAAUCACCAGCUCAGAGAGAGCAUCAAGGACUCCACAGUUCAUCCCAGAGCUGCAGAGAUUUUCUCCUAUUUAAACCACAUGCGGGUAUCAGAUGUUUCAGAAAGCACUGAAAUAAAUUUCCACCAAGGAACAACUGCUAUUUCUACAAUAUUGAUAAUCAGGGAGCAAACUCCACACUCACUUGCACUGAAAAUGUUACCUAGCUCAGAGAGUACCGACGACCCUAUAGUUCACCUGCAGAGAUUCUCAUCUGUUAGAUGCAAUUCAGACAGACACCUUUGUAUCACUGAAUAAUAAUAAUAAUAAUAAUAAAGGAAAGGCUUCAGAACUGUCCCACCUCCAAAUUUGCCAGCCUUUAAGAGUUGCGAACUCCCAGAAUUCCCCAGCCAUGAUGCGGAAUUCUGCGGAAUUCUGCAGAAUUCUGGGAGUUGGAAGUCCACACUUCUUUAAAGUGGAAGAGUUUGGGAGGGGGAAAAAACCAUGGCUUUAGAUAAAUAUAUUUGUAACUUUCAGAGUGAGAUAAGUUAACAUACAGUAUGAAUAAAAUAAAUAUAUAAUUUUGAGGGGGGGGAAACAAGGAGAAAGUGGUACAGUAUCAUCAGACUGUUUGAUUCUGUUACUAUAAAAGGUAAGUUUCUCUUGUUCAGUCAUGUCUGAUUUUAGUGGGUGGCGCUCAUCUAUUUCUUAGCUGAGAGGGCCAGCAUUAUCCAAAAACACUUCUGUGGUCAUGUUGCCAGCAUGACUAUAUGCCGAGGCACACUGUUACCUUCUCA